GAUCCAUGGUGGAUAGAGAACUCUUUAAAUAGUUGGUCUCCAGUCUUCAGCUGAACACACCACACUCACUAAACAAAUGUAGGUAUCUGGAGUCCUUGUGUACGCUCCUGGUAAACUAUCUGCUGGUUAUAUUAAGUUAAAAUUACCUGUUCUUUAGAAUUCUGAGAUGAAUGUAACAUACAUUACUCUUGAUGGUCAUGUGGAGGUGGAAAAAUACCGGUUCCUUUAUUUUGUCAUCAUGCUUAUAGCAUAUAUUUUAAUUUUGUGCAGCAAUUUUACCAUUGUUUAUCUCAUUGUGGUUCACAAAAACCUUCACGAGCCGAUGUAUGUAUUUAUUGCUGCUCUGUUGAUCAACUCUAUUCUUUUCAGCACGGUGGUCUAUCCAAAACUCUUGAUUGACUUUUUAUCUGAAAAACAGAUCAUAUCUUAUCAAGCCUGUCUCUUUCAGGUUUAUGUUUUUUACUCUAUAAGUGGUUCAGAGUUCUUGCUGUUGGCAGCCAUGGCCUAUGACAGAUAUGUGUCCAUAUGUAAACCUCUGCAUUAUCCAACAAUCAUGAGAAAAACCACUGUGAUCAUUUUGCUGGUUUUAUCCUGGCUUUUACCUUUUUGUCAUUUGGCUGUACCAGUCAUAGGAAAUGCUCAAACCCAGCUGUGUAGCUUUACUUUGAAAGGUAUAUUCUGCAACAAUUCAAUUAACCACCUUUUAUGUGUGACUUCCAGAGCACUGUUAAUAUUUGGUUUAGUUAAUAUGUUCAAUCUUGGCUUGCUUCCUUUGCUUUUUAUACUCUUUACAUACACAAUGAUAUUCAUAACAACUUAUAAAAGUUGUGGACAAGUCAGGAAGAAGGUUGCUAACACCUGUUUACCUCACCUGCUGGUCUUAAUAAAUUAUUAUUGCAUGCUUACUUUUGACAUUAUUAUAGUUAGACUGGAUUCUGAUAUUGAAAAGACUACACAUUUUGUUAUGACAAUACAAAUGAUUAUAUACAAUCCUCUUAGCAAUCCAAUCAUAUAUGGAAUUAAAAUGAAAGAGAUCUAUAAACACCUCAAAAGACUGCUCGGUUAAG